AUGUUAACGGGGAAGCUCCCGUUUAAUGUUCCUACACCCAUGGAGCUGUUCACUGCGGUACGAGAGAAGGAUCCGAAUAUUCCGGAAGAUUGGGGAAGCCCUUUGAAGGAUCUGGUGAGGCGAAUGCUAGAUAAAGAUCCUAAGAAGCGGAUCGCUAUGGCAGACAUCAGAGAACAUUCUUGGGUGACGGAGCACGGUCAAGAACCGAUGAUCGAAACAGAUACCAACUUGUUCGAUAUCGGGAAACAUGUGGAGGAACCUACUCAAGAGGAACUCAAGAAUGCUAUUGGAUCAUUACGUGGUAUUUUUACGGUUAUACGAGCUGUACAAAAAAUGCGUCGUUUGCAACUACAUCGAAGACCUCAAUCUGGUCAAGGACCACCAUCACCUGGCUCGACCAAUGUCUCUCUCGCAUCUGGAUCGAUGGACUCGUAUGUGUCUGCAGAACCGGGAACAAGCGCGACUUCCGUCUCGGACGAAAAUGAAGAAGCCAGGUAUAGAGACAUAGCUGGUGAGACCGUCAUGAGUCCGAGGUCAAUGAGCAGAGCAUCAUUGGCUAGUACCGAAAGGCAGACUUCGAACAAACUGGAGAAGCUCACUCGCCUUGACACCAACACUUAUAAGAAGACCGAAAGUGGAGACGAAGGAGAAGAGGCGGAUGAAAAGGAUAAUGCAGGCAGAAAAGGGAAACACAAAGGGAAAGGUGAAGGUGGAGAGCAUGACGAUAAUGAUCGGGAGAAGGAGGAUGGUGCGGAUGGAGAUGAUGGAGAAGAUGAGGAUGAACAAGUGGUAAUGGUCGAGUCACCUAUCUCAUCAGAUGAUGAUGAAGUACGUAAAACACCUGUCCGAGGUGAAUAUUAA